CUAAAGUAAUGAUUUUCGCUGAUCCCGAGAUGCAAGUUCGGAAUGUUUUCAGAAGAUCACUAAACGAGUGUACACUGAUAGAGGGUGUCGCAAGGUGACAGGGGAGAGAUUUUGCGCGUUUUAUGUCGACAUAAAAACUUAUUAUUUUGCUCCCACCAGGUGGUGUGCAUGUUUUGUUUACGUCUCAGUUCAUCAAAUUCGGAACGCUUGCUCGUUUGUUUUCUGGAGGGGGAAGACUCUUAUAAGAUGGCUACCAUGUGGAUAUUAGCGUGCUCCAAAAUUUAAUAAUUUAAUUAUAAAUUGUAGUGGACAAUCAAAACCACAAAUUUGGGCAUUGUUGCUCAUUAUUGGAAUGUAUGUUAUAAUUUGAAUAUCUGAAGUUAGUGAUUUUGUACAGUGGUGAAGGUUAUAUAGCAUUUGCUCCGAUUUGUGGUAAGUGUUCAGCGUGUACUAUGUGUUACUUGCACAGUUGAGAAUAUAUUUCAUUUAAUUCAGGAUAAAAUGUAUCAUCAUCAUUAAUAUUGGUAUGUACGUAUGUUUUUUUUUUUUCAUUUCCCGCUGAUCGCCAAGGUUUAAUUCCUAGGAAGUGAUUGAUUUUACUCCAAUCGCUGAGUAAUUAGAAUUUGUGUUAUUGUCCUAACCAUGUAAAGCCACGGGUAUGCUGUGGUAAUUACUGGGGAUCAAACCAUCCUUUAAGAAUCUUCUUCAUCUGCGAGUUGGGUACUGGAUCUCCCAAAAAUAUUUUGUUAUUGAACGGUUCCAGAAGACGGAGAAUGAUUCGUUAUUCAGCCUCUGACGCGGCUGCGAAGCCUUCAAGAAUAUCUGGUACACUUGGUAGCCUUCACUUUGUUGUCUAUCAUCAUCUUGUGGAGUUAACACACCCGAGCAUGGAGGCUGAGCCCAGAGUAUCCAGGUUGAGGAUGGAUCCAAUAACAUUGUCGACACCUUUCUGCUCCACGACCAUGUGCCCAAUCUAUAGCCCGAAGCAGAAAUGGAACCUGCUGUCAAGAAGCUUGCCAUUUCACCAAUGCUCUCAUAGAUGAUGUAUAAAAAUCAUGGACAGAAUUAUGUCUUCUCACUAUGGAUGGGUUUCUGUGAACCGGUACUGCCAUGAAGGAGCCGUUGGUAGUCCCCAGGAGGUUCCAUGGGAUUGGUCCGAAGCUAAAGCAAUGAAUAAUAAACAAAUCGAAUCGGAAUUCCUAUGGUUUCCCACUUUAGUUAAUCCUUGUGCACAUUCAUGUUGGGAAGUCGUAAAACGCGAUAAUUCAAAUUUUUCAUGUACGACUAUUGCGAAUUUCCCUCGGGGAUGCAUAAUUGUACAAUCCCUUAUUUGAUCAUUUCACAAAGCAUCAAGAAUCUACUUGUUACGCUAUGGCAUUUCGCCAGCGAAAAGUUGGCCCUUGAUGGUGAGUUGUUGGUCAUCAAUCAUUUCUCUCACAACCCACGUCUGACAAACCACAAAAAUGAUAAUAAUGUACUGUUAACAAGAGGAGUUAUCUCAUCCGAGCCAGCAACAUUAUAAAGGAAAAUCAUUUGAAUUUCCCGCUAAAAAAACUUCUAUUUAAUAAAAUUCAAUUAUACUUGCCCAACGACUCAUUUUAGGGGUUUAAAUAAUGGUAAAAAUUAUUAUUAUUACGAUUGUCCACACAUCAGUCCAUGGACCUCAAUUAAACAUUCAUAUUAUUGAAAUUGUAGCCCAUAAGAAUGUAAACAAUAGUGAUCGUUUUGGCACGUGUUUCACCGGUUGUUAGUAUUUCCCUUGUGCUUGGGUAUCGGAAUUUAUUAAUCGCGAUUUGCUAUGCAUUCUAAUCAUCCCCCUGACGCUGAUGAGUUUGAUGAGGUAUACGUCAAUGCGGAAUACCUCGAUGACGGAUACCUUGAGGAUGAAUUACCCCAGGAAGAAUCCAUGGAUGUGAGUGACGAGGUAGUCAUCCCCAAGACAAAAGCUAAGGCAAAGACAGGUGCUAUCAGGAAACCAAGGGCAUCGUCUUCGCGAAUGAAUAGUGAGCAAAUAGAUCGUAUGCUAGACUACUAUGCAAGACAUCCAUCAUUUGCACGUGAUGGGGAUUUGGGAGUUUGUGGUCAUAUUAAGAAGAAUGAACUGGAGAAAGGAUUAGCAGAUUUUGUUUCGGUCAGUGGGAAUAAAAAAACUCCAGAACAAAGCAAAAAUGCCUGGAAUCGUCUUAGAACUAAUGCGUUGGCUAAAAUGGGGCCGCCUCGAGCGUAAGUACCAACAAACCGGCAAUCCGAAGAUUACCCCAAAUGAUGAGCUCACUGAUAGAGAGAAACGCAUAAUCGACAUUUGGGGUUCGACAACGUGUACAACUGUCCCAGGUGGUACUGCUGGAUUUACUGAUAAAAAGAGGAAAGUCGAGACGAAAUCGAUCCAAGAUUCACCUCCUGAAUCAAAAAAACCACGAAGUACAAGACCCGAGAAAAAAAUUGAAACUUCUUCUUCGAUUUUAAAUGCUGUCUCAGCUGCUACAAUUGAGAGUGUUUAUGAAUCCCAGAAAUUCAACGAGUUACUGCAGCAGUAUCUUUCCAUCUGCGCAGAGGGAUUGAUGGCACUUCCCCAGGUCGUAAAAGUUCUCGGAAAUAUCCACCAAUUUAUGCUAAAUGAUCCUGCCAGGAGGUCACAUUGUUUGGGAUCGCGUUCAGUGUGCUCAAGAAGUCCAAACCUGUUGAACGAAAACUCACUGCUCAAUCCACUCCAGCAGAGACGAUCUCCAUUGCAUGUUAAUCCUUCACCAACAUCUUCUGAACCUCCAAUAUCCUCACAAUAUCAAGAUUUUCCAGAAAGUGACUUUGUUCCAUGGCAGUGGACACAAUUUCCACCAGAUACUCCACUUCUUCCUGGCAAGCAUCGUCUAGUAUCACCUGAAUCUCCUUUAGUGUCAACUGAACACCUGCGACUUCAUCCAAAUACUCCACCAAGCACAGAACAAUUGUCAUCAUUUUUUGAAGAGCAGACUGAACACGUUCCAUCACCCAUUUACGAUCCCGAAUAUAAUUUCGAUUUCGAUAAGGAAUUGCACAGUUCAGUUGUCGAUGUUAAGAGUCAGGGUGAUGCCUACCACCAGAGAAUGAUGAAGGCGGCUAACGAUUACUUUAGGGAUGAUGGAGACACAGACAGUGCCGACGAUGAAGCUAGACAGAAUAUAUGAAGUAAUUUCAAUUAUAAAAAAUGGAGGGAACUGUUGCACGCAGAAGCUGAGGGUGUUUAUAAUAUCGAUUAUUAUGUGUUCUUCUGAGAUGAGAAAGGGACUAUUAAUAAAGUGCAAUUACUAAAAAUAAUGGAGUGUUGGUAUGGUGAAUUCAGAGAAGAUUUUGGAAUAAAACAGUACAAUGGAAAAUAA